AAUGUAAUAUAUAUAUGAAUAAUUAAUGGGGAAGAAACUCUUCUACACGAUUCAUCAUCAUCCCCUCAUGUCGGCAUUAUUACGCCACUGAAAUUCAACCCAUUUCUGAUCGAAAAAACCCUCAUUUACCACCACCCAUUCAAUCUUUUGUCAACCAAAUCAAUAAGAGUCCGCUUAUUUAUUAACUGCAGGUUUGAGUUCCAGUGACGUUUGGAAUCAAGGGAUCAUUAAUUCAUUGUCCAGAUUGUCUUCCACCAACCAAGACUUGUAGAUCUUGCAUAAAAUAAUACUCGAUUUGGAGCGUUGCAUGAGGGCUUUCCAUUCUUUUACUUUGUAGAAAGAAAUAAGGAUUACAUACUAUAAACGUGGUAAAUUCACUUACUUUCAAACAUUCAAGACUACAACUACGAGUUCAGAAAUUUCUUCUCAAAUCUUUGUUCUGUGCAUACAAGAUGGCUGGUAAGAAAAGAAGCAUGUCCCUGGAUGCAGAUAAGUGUGAUGUGCAAAAGGAAUGGAAUGAGGCAUUAUGCCCCAUCUGCAUGGAACAUCCUCAUAAUGCAGUUCUUCUUCUGUGUACCUCACAUGCAAAAGGCUGUAGAUCUUAUAUAUGUGAUACGAGUUACAGGCAUUCAAAUUGUCUGGAUCGGUUUAGGAAACUCAAGACAGACUCCAACACUGAUUCACCAGAGACCACACCUGUUUCUGCAAACCUCCAGGCUCCAAGCCUUGUUUCUGACCCUCAACCAACUCCAUUGUUUGGGAAUGAGUUUCCUGUGCUUCAUAGGGCCCACAGCAGGGGAAAUAGAAUUAUAACAACUAGAAGGUCCAGUGACAUGGCUGAUUAUGACAUUGAACAAGAGGAAACAGGAAGCCAAAACUUUGAUUCUUUGAGGGACAGGUUGGAACAAGAUGAAUCGGCUGAAAAGUCAAGCUUAAAAUGCCCUCUAUGUAGGGGAGAUGUGCUCGGCUGGACAGUUGUAGAAGAUGCUCGAGAUCAUUUAAAUUUGAAGCCUCGAUGUUGUACUCGAGAAUCGUGCACAUUUGUUGGUAAUUACCGUGAGUUGCGCAGACAUGCAAGGCGCGAUCACCCUAGAGUUCGACCUGCUGAAGUUGACCAGUCAAGGCAGCGAGCCUGGAGACGCUUCGAACACCAGAGAGAACAUGAUGACAUUGUUAGUGCCCUCCGAUCAGCAAUGCCCGGGGCUGUUGUGCUUGGUGAUUAUGUGAUAGACUAUAAUGAUAGAGCAGCACCAGUUGAAAGGGAAAGGACAUCCUCUGAUGCUAGUGGACGAUUGUUCACUACCUUGUUUUUCUUUCAGAUGCUUGGAUCCGUACAAUCCUUGGCAGGACCGCGGAGUCGUUCAAGGCCGUGGACAAGGCAUAGACGUCCUUCAGGUGGUUCAUCCCGGCAAAGGUAUCUUUGGGGGGAGAACCUCCUUGGCCUGCAAGAUGAAGAUGGGGAUGGUGAUGAUAGCUUUACAGACGACGAUGAGAUGAAUAUGUUUGCAGAUGAGGCAGAACAAGGAACUUCUUCUGCUCCAAGACAGCGGCGUCGUUUGACCCAAUCUGGGUUUAGGAGAGAUCGUGUAUGAGAUGCCAAACAUGAUAGGAGCCUUCAUCUACCAUAAUAAAGAAAGCUAGCUGGUCAUUAAUCUUAAGGCCAUUUGGUUUCAAGUGGUUGACCUGGUUGGGACUGAAGGCGGCAUCUGCAACUGCAGCUGAAGGUCACCAGGUUCAGAAUCGCUCUGCUGUAUGCAGCUCUUUGUGUCUUUAUGUUUUAAUUGUCUGUCGAUUUAUAGAGUUCAAUUAGAGCUUGCUGUUGUACAGUUAGGUUUUUUUAGGUCACAAACUAUCCAAAUUUCAAUUUGAAUCACCAAUGUAUAUAACAUGCAUAUCAAUUUCAUAACGUCAUUUCCUCUUCCAAGAAAGAUUUUUCGUUUUCUUCCUA